AUGUCGACCUCCGACUCCGGCGCCGCCGCGAUAACCACCGCACCGUCCUCCACCUGCUCAUCCAACCCGUCGACACCACCGCUUCAUCCGCCACGCCGCCACAAGAACAUUGUGAGUAUGGCCGCGACCAGCAGGGAGGCGGAGGCUGAGGCUCAGGACGUCUGGUUCGGGCACGGAGCUCAGUGGGAGGCUGCGUGGCCACGGCGCCCGAAGCCCGUGGUCGUCGCCGCCGAGGAGACGGGCAGCACCGGCGCCGCGUCGUCACCUUGUGGCGGCGACGGCGUGUGCCGCGCGAGGAGCCUCACCGACGAGGACCUGGAGGAGCUCAAGGGGUGCGCGGACCUGGGCUUCGGCUUCAGCUACGACGAGAUCCCGGAGCUGCGCGGGACCCUCCCCGCCCUCGAGCUCUGCUACUCCAUGAGGCAGCGGUUCCUCGACCAGCCCCAGGCACCGCAGGAGCAGGCGACGGCCGCCACGCCGACCUCCUCGCCGCCCAUUGCCAACUGGAAGAUCUCCAGCCCAGGGGAUAGCACGGAGGAGGUGAAGACGCGGCUCAAGUACUGGGCGCGGGCGGUGGCGUGCACCGUCAGGCUCUGCAGCUGA